AUGUUUUGGGAUGUUGGCUCAAAGAGUGGGCAACCAGUUGUUUCAGUAGAGCAAGCUGAGAAAAAGCUGCUGAAAUGUAUUCAGCUCUCCCCUAUGCCUUUGCUCAGGCAUUGUCUACUCAAUGAUGAAACUCGAGUGGAUGGCCGCAAAGUUUUUAUGGUUCGUUUUCUUCUCCUACUUCCCCCUUCUCUUCUUCACGCUCUACGGGAUGAUGGGAUGAUGGCCGUGGCAAUCACGCCAAACGAGAGGACACUAUCUGGUAUGGCAAAUAGCCCCCAAAGGCACUGGAGAGACUGUCAAAGCAAAUGGACCUCAUCCUUGGAGAAGUUGCGAGUCACGUAUCUCAAAAGACACACUGUGGAGAUGACGAGGACAGGUUUAGCAGCACCAGAGGCUUGCAGGACAUCAGCCACAGAGCGGAAUACAAAGACGAGGAACGAAAAGAAGUGGAAUUGGCAGAAAACAUCCAGCCAGCUCCGCCGCAGUGGAGGCUUGGAAGGGGAGCUUGAAAGAUCAAGUGGUGGUAGACAAAGAGCGCAAGCCAUUCAAUCUCAUUCUCAUGGAAUCUCUAAGAUUCUCCAGGCAGCACAAAGAUCCACGCAAACGCUCCAGGAAGCAAUCGCGGAGCUAGAGAGCACCACCAAUCACACCGAUCUCGCAACAUACGCUUCCCUGCUGAGGCGAUGCGCCCGCGAGCGAGAUCUCCCCAGCGGCUGGCGAAUCCACGCCCACAUCCUCGCGUCGGGACGGGGCAGCGACGUGUUCCUCUCCAAUCUUCUCCUCCACAUGUAUGGAAAAUCCGGCAGCCUCGCCGACGCGCAGCGGAUCUUCGAUCUUCAGGCUCAGCGGAGGAACCUCUACUCGUGGACUGCUAUGAUCGCAGCACAUGCCCAGUGCGGGCAUUGCAAGGAGGCGCUAGUGUUGUUCCAUCGCAUGGAUUGCGAGGGCGUGAGGGUUGCAGGGGUGACGUUCGUGGCCGUGCUAGGCGCUUGCGCUAAGCUGCGAGAUCUCGCGCAGGGCCAGCACGCACACCAACGAAUUCUCUCCAGCGGCGGCUUCUCCAGCAACAUCGCGGUGGCAAAUUCGCUGAUCAAGAUGUACGCCAGCUGCGGAUUUAUAGAUCUCGCAAGAGAAGUUUUUGAUGGAAUGUACAUACGAAACGUUGUCUCGUGGAAUUCGAUGAUUGUAGCAUAUGCCCAAGCCCGGCAUUUUGGAAAGGCGUUGGAUUUGUUUGACAAGAUUAAAGUGGAGCCGGAUAGGGUGACUUUUGUCACUGCGCUUGGUGCCUGCUUGGAUUUUCAGCAGGGAAAAGAGAUCCACGACAGGGUCUUGGCUUCGCAGAUCGAGCUUGAUGCUGUUCUUGGAACCGCGCUCUUGAAUUUCUACAGCAAGAUCGGCCGCUUGAAUGAGAGUAGAGAUGUCUUUGAUGCGAUUCAAAGAAAAGAUCCUGUCUCGUGGUCUGCGAUGAUCGCCGCAUAUGCCCAAAACGGGCAUUGCAAGUUGGCAGUGGAGCUCUUUUGGAGGCUCGACCAGGAAGGCAUCCAUGCAAACCAAGUAACUUUCAUCAGCGUGGUUGACGCAUGCUCCGGCCUAGGAGAUCUUCGCCAAGGGAAGGGACUACACGCGAGGAUACUCGAGCUGGGCUUUGACAGCCAUAUCACCGUCAAGAACACGCUGCUCAAUCUCCACGGCAAGCUCGGCAGCCUCGAGGACGCCGAGAAGGUGUUUCACUCGCGGGAGGAGAAGAAUGUGGCGUCCUGGAAUGCGAUGAUCGCCGCGUAUACUCGUCACGGGCAUGGAUCCAGAGCAGCCCAAGCGCUGGAGCUCAUGGACUUUGAAGGGACAAAGCCGGACGAGGUGACUCUCUCCGGGAUCUUCGACGCUUGCGGUGACAUGGGCGAUUUAGCGUCGGGGAGGAAGCUCCAUGCCCGGAUCCGGGGAGGAGAGCUCGAGCAGGACGUCACGGUUGCGAACAGCCUGAUCAACAUGUAUAGCCGGUGCUGGAGCGUGGUGGAAGCCGAGCUUGUUUUCCAUCGGAUGACAAAAAGAGAUCUUAUAAGCUGGAACAGCCUUAUUGCAGCAAAUGCCAUGCACGGGCAUCCAGCCGAGGCUCUCGAUCUCUUCCGGGAGCUCAGCCUCGAGGGCUUUGCCGCGGACAACUUCACGUUUACGAGCACGCUGUUUGCUUGCAGCCAUGGUGGCUUGCUCAAGGAGAGCCUGGAGGUGUUUGCGUCCAUGAUGGGGGAUUACCAGGCGGUGCCAUCGCCGCAGCACUAUGGGUGCGUUUUGGAUCUGCUUGGGCGGAUGGGGAAGCUGGGCGAGGCCAAGGAGUUGAUCGGUGGCAUGCCUUUGGAGCCUGACUCUGUGGCGUGGAUGAGCCUCUUGGGUGCGUGUAGCACUCACUCGGAUGCCACCAAAGCUUUUGGACUGGCUGAUAGUCUUGUGGAGCUCCAGCCAGAGAAGGCUGCUCACUAUGUAGUUUUUAGUAAUGUGGCAACCAAGUUUGAAUAGCCAUUUUCGAUUCAACGUGAUCCCAGCUCGCAAAGAUUGAGAACUUUGACCCUUGCUUAUGAAGAAACAUUCAUCUUCCUUCCUUUCUUUCUUACGCUACUUUCUUUCAAGAGCGGCAUAUCUGGAGAAGCAAGCAAGUAAAGUAAAAACAAUAUUCAGUUAGGGACACGAGAUAGAUUCAAGUUCAAUGAAGAAAAUAACUUUAGGAACUUCACGCCGUGAUCGAAAUUUUUUUGCGGAGGACAAGGGGAGGUGUUCAUGCUUCAAUGUCAGCCCAGGCAUAAGGACUGAUCGCUUUGACCUCUGACCUUCUUCCUGGAGAAAACUAUAGCUUAUGAUCGUUUGAUCAAAGGUCUACACUCUACUCAUUCAUUCUGGCCCUUCCUCAAUGGCUUUCUCGGUAGCUGCAGGCCGUCGUUGCUGCAUUAUAAAACGUAGAGAAGUUUCAGAAAGAAAUCUCUUUCUUACGUUAUACAGACACCAGAGAGAACACCAUUCCGAUCCACGCCUAGCCAAAGGGAACAUGGAACGCCAUCUGCAUCAUAGACAUUUUUUCUAUAGCAUUACCCUCCAGGAUUUCCAGCCAAGAUUUGAGUUGGAAAAACGUCCAAGGUCCUUCGUGAGGAGCAGAUACAUUUGUUCCACCUUGCAUUCUCUAUUGUUAUUUCUUUUUAGAUAUUAAAAAUGGAAUUAAACAGUCCA